GGUGACCCACGGACUGCGGCCCGCCAGGCCACGCUGUGGAUUUUUCCAGGCAAGAUACUGCAGUGGGUUGUCAUUUCAUUCUUCACUCUCUUAUGAUUAAGGGUUAAAGUGCAUUUGUAGAUGUGACUGGAACAAAAUAUUUAAGGCUUUAAGCACUGAGAUCUCCCAGGGCGCCCUUGCUCUGGGCCAGGGAGCUGUGACUGCUGAGGGGGAGGUUGAGGCCUGCAAUGUGUUGGGGCAUUUUCCCUCUUUAUUGCUCAAAAGAGAGACUGUUUCUGUGGUUCUUUAGCAUCCAACAGGAAUAAAAGUCCAUGGAUUAAUGGAAUGGGCUCAAUCUGCCACAGGAGGUGUGGUCAGCCAGCCGCGUUUGGGUGGAAAGCCGCCACGGGGAGACCGGCUGUCUUGAGGCUGGGGUCCGCGUGGCCGGCUCCUGGGCUGCCCAGGGGAACCUCCUGCAGGAGGGUCUGUGAGAACCAUCCGGUGUUUGCUGAGCACUCUUCACGAUCGCCGCCUCGAGGAGAUGCCAGGCCCAGGGUUGAGGGCUGUGGUCUCCGUCGGACGCGGGCUGGGCCGGCUGGCCUGGGAGAGGGGCCACCCCUCGGUGGGGGGUGCCCGCUGCCUCAGCCUCGGCCCCUGGUGGCCUCGCGUCCCCGGACCCAGCCUGGCACGCUGUGCUCUCCCUUAGGGCGAGGGCUUGGCGGGGCUGCGGCGCUCAUGGCUGCAGCCAGCGUGACCCCUCCCGGCUCCCUGGACCUGCUGCAGCCCGGCUUCUCGAAGACCCUCCUGGGGACGAAGCUUGAGGACAAGUACCUGUGCUCGGCCUGCAAGAACGUGCUGCGCAGGCCCUUCCAGGCCCAGUGCGGGCAUCGCUACUGCUCCUCUUGCCUGAGCAGCAUCCUGAGCUCCGGGCCCCAGAGCUGUGCCGCUUGUGUGCACGAGGGCAUUUACGAGGAGGGCGUUUCAAUCCUGGAGAGCAGCUCGGCGUUCCCGGACAAUGCUGCCCGCAGGGAGGUGGAGAGCCUGCCGGCCGUCUGCCCCAGCGAGGGCUGCUCCUGGAAGGGGACCCUGAAGGACUACGAGAGCUGCCAUGAAGGACACUGCCCGUUCAUGCUGACCGAGUGCCCGGCGUGUAAAGGCCUCGUGCGCCUGGGCGAGAAGGAGCACCACCUGGAGCACCAGUGCCCGGAGCGGAGCCUCAGCUGCCGGCACUGCAGGGCGCCCUGCUGCCCGGCCGGCAUGAAGGCACACCACCAGACCUGCCCCAAGUUCCCCCUGACGUGUGACGGCUGCGGCAAGAAGAAGAUUGCCCGUGAGAAGUUUCAGGACCACGUCCGGGCAUGUGGCAGAUGCCGGGUCCCGUGCCGAUUCCACGCUGUCGGCUGCCCCGAGAUGGUGGAGAGCGAGCAGCAGCAGGAGCACGAGGCGCAGCGGCUCCAGGAGCACCUGGCCCUGCUGCUGGGCGCCCUGCUGGGUGCUGCACGGCCCCCGGGGGACGGCCACCCGCUCCUCGGCCAGGCCGAGGGCGCCUGGGAGGCCAGCACACCCUCCAGGGUGGCGGAGCUGCUGCAGAGGUGCGAGGCCCUGGAGCGGAAGACGGCCACCUUCGAGAACAUCGUCUGUGUGCUGAACCGGGAAGUGGAGCGGGUGGCCGUGACGGCCGAGGCCUGUGGCCGGCAGCACCGGCUGGACCAAGACAGGAUCGAGGCCCUGAGCAACAAGGUGCAGCAGCUAGAGAGGAGCAUCGGCCUGAAGGAUCUGGCCAUGGCCGACCUGGAGCAGAAGGUCCUCGAGAUGGAGGCGUCCACCUUCGACGGCGUGUUCGUCUGGAAGAUCUCGGACUUCUCCAGGAAGCGCCAGGAAGCCGUGGCCGGCCGCACGCCCGCCAUCUUCUCCCCAGCCUUCUACACCAGCAGGUACGGCUACAAGAUGUGCCUGCGCGCCUACCUCAACGGGGACGGCACGGGGCGCGGCACCCACCUGUCUCUCUUCUUCGUGCUCAUGCGUGGCCCGCACGACGCCCUCUUGCGCUGGCCCUUCAACCAGAAGGUGACCUUGAUGCUGCUGGACCAGAACAACCGGGAGCAUGUAAUCGAUGCCUUCAGGCCCGACGUGACCUCGUCCUCCUUCCAGAGGCCGGUCACCGACAUGAACAUUGCCAGCGGCUGCCCGCUCUUCUGCCCUGUCUCCAAGAUGGAGGCCAAGAACUCCUACGUGCGUGAUGACGCCAUUUUCAUCAAGGCCAUCGUGGACCUGACCGGGCUCUAGCCACCUCUCACGCAGCAUGGCCCUGCGCUGGCUGCGCACCUGCUGAGCUCAGUCCUGAAGAGCCCGUCCUGAGCGGGGCCGGGCUGCGGGCUGUGUGUCCCUGGCGGGUGUGCCCCGCAGGCCUGGAGCCCUCAGCCUGCAGCAGGGCGGCCGCAAGGAGCCCGGGAGAGGAGGGUCGGCCUCGGGCCUGGCUGCCGCUCGGGGGAGAUCCCUGCUGGGCCAGCCUGACAGGCUGCAUGUCGGGGGUGCCCCGUGUCCCCUGUCCUGCAGGGUGUGGGGGGGCCCAGCCCUGCCGAGAGACACGUCAACUUUCCCGUCCAUGCGGGGAGGUGUUGGCAAACUCUCAGCUCUUUGUGCUGAGUGCUGUCCUGGCUCCGGCCCUGGGAGCAGUGACCCUGAGUGCCCGUGGCUCCCGGACACCGUGGACCUCAGGGAAGUCGGCUGUUCUCCUGGGAGACUGCUUGCUGGGCAGCUUCCCUCCCUCAGGUCUCACCAGGGGCUGCGUGGAGAGCAGGGCCCCAGGCCUGAAAAGUGCCGGUGGCUUUGUCUUCAGUGGGGGCCUGAUGUGGAGUCGCCCCAGGAGCAGCCUCGCCUGCCCUGGGGGUCCCCUUGACAGCGGCAGAGCCCGGGCGGCCUGAGCAUGGGACGCAGCUGGUGGGCCCUGUCGGGGCCUCAGCCCUGGGGCCUCCGGCCGGGCGCAGGUCCUGGCCGCUGGCUGUCCACACCCGGCUGUGCUCGUGACUGCGACUGGGAGACUCGAGGGCCAGGUCCUCAGAGACCCCGUGACAGGCGGGACGGGGGGCCCGCUCAGCACUGCCGCCCUUGCUGCUUUGGUUGCGACGUUAAACAGCAGCAAGGCAUGGAGAGUUUCCAGCUCCGUGCCCAGAGUUAACCAUGUGCACGUUUUGAAUUACAUAUUUUAAUUAAAAAGAGGCGUUGCAGAAAA